UCCUUGGGCUUUCUGCUGCAGCCGCCGCUCCAGCGACUUCUUCCUCCCGCGCCUCAGCCGUCGUCUCCUUCGCCGCCGUCGCUGCUGCCUCUGCCGGGGCGCCCUCCAUCCAUGACGAUGCUACUGGACGGAGGACCGCAAUUCCCCUCGCUGGGAGUCGGGGGCUUCGGAGCCCCGCGCCACCACGAGAUGCCCAACCGGGAGGCGGCGGGGAUGGGGCUCAGCCCUUUCGGGGACGCUUCGCACGCCGCGGCCGCCGCCUUCAAGCUGAGCCCGGCGGCGGCGCACGACCUGUCCUCGGGCCAGAGUUCGGCGUUCACUCCGCAGGGCUCGGGCUAUGCCAACGCCCUGGGGCCCCACCAUCAUCAUCAUCACCACCACCACCACCACGCCGGCCAGGUGCCCUCGUACGGGGGAGCCGCGGCCGCCUUCAACUCCACGCGCGACUUUCUGUUCCGCCAGCGGGGCUCGGGCCUCGGGGAGGCGAGUUCCGGGGGCGGCCAGCACGGGCUGUUCGCCGGCUCGCCGGGGAGCCUGCACGGGCCCCCGGGCAUCGCGGAGCCCCCCGGCUACUUGCUCUUCCCGGGGCUACCGGAGCAGAGCCCGAGUCACCCGUCGCCCACGGCCCACGUGGACAACAACCAGGUGCACUUGGGGCUGCGGGGCGAGCUGUUCGGCCGCCCCGACCCUUACCGCGCGGUGGGCAGCCCCCGCACUGACCCGUACGCCGCGGGCGCCCAGUUCCACAACUACCCCCCGAUGAACGUGAACAUGGGUAUGAACGUGGCGGCCGCGGCGGCGGCGGCGCACCACGGACCGGGCGCCUUCUUCCGCUACAUGCGCCAGCCCAUCAAGCAGGAGCUGGCGUGCAAAUGGCUCGAGGAGGCACAGUUGGGCCGGCCCAAGAAGAGCUGCGACCGGACCUUCAGCACCAUGCACGAGCUGGUGACGCACGUCACGAUGGAGCAUGUGGGGGGGCCCGAGCAGAACAACCACAUCUGCUACUGGGAGGAGUGCCCCCGGGAGGGCAAGUCCUUCAAAGCGAAAUACAAACUCGUCAACCACAUCCGCGUGCACACGGGCGAGAAGCCCUUCCCCUGCCCCUUCCCGGGCUGCGGCAAGAUCUUCGCCCGCUCCGAGAAUCUCAAGAUCCACAAAAGGACUCACACAGGUGAGAAACCCUUUAAAUGUGAAUUUGAAGGCUGUGAUAGACGCUUUGCAAACAGUAGUGACAGGAAGAAGCACAUGCAUGUGCACACAUCCGACAAGCCCUAUAUCUGUAAAGUGUGUGACAAGUCUUAUACACACCCCAGCUCUCUUAGGAAACACAUGAAGGUUCAUGAAUCUCAAGGGUCAGAUUCCUCCCCUGCUGCCAGUUCAGGCUAUGAAUCUGCCACACCACCCGCUAUAGCCUCUGCAAACAGUAAAGAGUCCGCUAAAACCCCUCCUUCCGCAGUUCAGACUAGCACCAGCCACAACCCGGGACUUCCUCCCAAUUUUAACGAAUGGUACGUCUGAGGACAAAAGCAAACACCAAAAACCCCAUUAACUAUAGGACGGACCAAAUGCGUUAAAAAAAAAAAAAGAAAGAAAGAAAAAAGAAAACUGAGACCAAUCCAGACGGAAAUGGAGUUGUGUGUGUGUGUGUGUUUUGGUUUUUUUUUUUUUUUUUUACGCAAGCAACCCGUCUAGGGCUACAUCUUGUUAAUUGCAAUUAUCCAGGAAGGUCUUUGGCAAGGUCUGGCAAGAUCUCUGAAGUAACCCUGCCCUUUUCUCAGGAUUAGAAAACCUGUUUUGGCAUUCGAAUGAUUUUCGUUUAUUUUCUAAAUUUUCCCCUCCCCCCAACAGAACUCCCUACCCCCCAAAGCCUGCCGAAUUGAUCCCUUCAUUUUAACGCUUUGGCCCUGUUGGGUUUUUUUUUUUCUUGAGAGGAAGUUUUAAAAAAUAAAAAAAGGCCUUUGGAUGGUGUGAUGUUAAAAUGAUGGGAAUCUUUCUCCGGCUGGGUGGUGAUUGUUUAAACUCUUGCAGUCUUAAACCGUGCCAAAGUCCUGCUAUGUCUUGAAGUUUAUUUCUCAAAGCAUUACACUUGUGAAUGUAUUCUUGUCUAAUGGGGUCGACACUGUUGAGUGUUUUUUUUUCAGGAUGAGGCUGUGGUGUUGCUCUACACAGAUGGUGACCGUCUAGUAUGCAGUAGCAUUUUGUAAUAACUUUUUCUUUCUUGUAAAUACGUACCCCUGAUGCCAAUAUUUAUCGUUUGUAAUUUAAUUAUUGAUACAAGUGCCGGGAACUGAACAAUAUUUAUGGGGGAAAAUGUUUUCUAACAAGUUCUGUACAGCUUUGGAUUAUAACUACUUUAGCAUUAAAAGUCUGAUUGUUUGGAAAGAAGAGCACAACUUACAGUUUUGGAACCACUGACUCCUUUUUAUCUCUUUAUUAUUAUUAUAAUAUUAUUAUUAUUAUUUGGUAACAGCAUCCCCCUCCCCCCCCUCCACUGGGGAUGAAUGAACUAUAAAUCCGGUUUGGUGGGAUUGGGAAAAGAAAACUAAUGCAGAUUCCUUUUUUAAUUUUCAAAUUGUGGAAUUAUUUUUUUCUAUCGCAAUGUAGGUUUACUUACAGUGUCAGUUUCAAUCUGGGAAGACCCUCCUUUUUCUUCUUUAGCUCAUAGGGGUGUUUUCCUGCAAGCUUAAUAUGUUUGCCCUGGAUUUUCGGCAUGCAAAUCAAAUAUUACUAAUCAUUUCAGUUAGUGAUCAUGACAUCUCAAUCUUGCACUUCAAAGACUGGGAAGCUGGAUUUAAAUGUCCCCGCACUGCCUAUGUAAACAGAAGGUAACAAUGAGUUUUAUGUCCCUUAGUUCUCUUUCCCUGGCAUUAAAGAUGGAACAUUUGCAGCGUUAUGCAUGUAUAUAUGUCUAUCCUAUAUAGAGAUACAGCCAUAUGCCUAUAUAUGUCUGUAUCUAUAUAUACACAUAUAUAUGUAUUUUCAAGAAGCUAGCAUAAGUUUGAAACAGUUUGGUGGUGAGUAAAAAGGCCAGUUCAAUGUGUUUACUUUUGCUUAAAGUGCUUCUUAUGAGACCCCUAGUUUAUUGGAAUUCUCGAUGGCUAAGGUGGAUUUGUUUUGCUGUAUAUAUAGUUCAAUACCCAGCUCUCAUUCAUGUGUUGCUAAUACCCAAUAUGAUGAUGAUUGCAGCAGCUCCUGUAGAGACAUUAU